AUGUCUGCAGCUGCAGGGCUAGUACACAAGGGGGAAUCCAAGAACAAGAAGACCUAUGCCACCAUAGACAUCAAUAAUAUCUACAAGGGCAAAUCCCUCGAAGGCCCGAAGUCCUCGGCAAUUGGCGCUUCAAAACAUGGACUCCAGUCGCUUGGAAAGGUGCAGGUCGGCAGGCGUAUGCCUCCGCCGGCUCUGUUGCCCAGUCUGAAAAGUGAAAACCUAGGUAACAAUCCGAAUGUAACAUUGGUACCUACAGGAGGACAAGGAUGGGGAGUUGCGAAGACUUCUCAACCGGGAGCAUCAUCAACGGGGUCUGGGGGAAACGGAGCGGGAAACGGGAACAACAACACCAACAACAGCAGCACCAGCAGCAAUCUACAGUCAUCGGAUCCACCAAUCGCGCACCAGGAGAACCGCUCAGCUGUCGGCGAGAAUGGACAGCCAGGGAAAGCCGGUUGCCAGAGCGGGGGUGGUGCUGGUGGGAACAAGACGUGGAGCAGUGUCGCCACUGGUCAGAGUCACGGUCAGCAGAAUGGAGGUCAUGGAGGUCCGGGUGGCGGCCCUCAGCUGCCUUUCUACCCCGGAGAGUUUCCCACGCUCAAAAACGAACCCGAGGGCAAACCGGCUGGUGGAUCACUCAACAGUGCGGACCGGGACGGCCACGUUGCCAACCAAUACGGUCCAGGCUUGGCUCUACGACCCGUCGAGUCAAACUGGAGCAAAGGCAGUGCUGGUGUAAGUGCCCAACUAUCCGGAGGAAGCCCGCAAGCGAACGCUGGCAGUGGCGUCAACGGCCUCCUCAAACCGAGGCCUCUGUCUCCUCUGGGUUCGUCGCCCAAUGAUCCUCUCGGGAUGGGCUAUCCACCCAGUAUCUCGAAAGGACUCGGACCUAGGGAGCGCCAAUCACCUUUGACCAACGGUACAGCGCCUCUGUUCUCACGCGGGGAACGUGAAGAACGGCCUGGACACGCCGAGCGACAGGACCGUGGUGAUGGACGUGGCGGCGGAGGAAUGGGAGGCCCGCGACCCGGCGGCGGGGGCAGAGCAUUCCAGAGGGACGAUCCCCGCCUAGGACCUGAUCAGCACUCGAAAUCGGUGCUCAAACACUCCGCUAUCAUCUCUGACCAGCAACUCGAAGGCUUCGACCGGAUACUCAAGGAUAACGAAACCGAUUGGUCCACCGCUAAAGGCGACAUUGACUACAAUGCGAAAUUGUGUUUUUCCGAAGACGAGGACGACGAAAAACAGCUGUGGACCCCAUCGGGCCAGCAGGACAGGGACGAUGGCUGGAGAGAGGGACGUCACAGCCGUUUAAAGGACGGUGGUCGAGACAACCGAAGUCGCGGACCCAUGCAGCAAUGCGUGUUCGACGAGGACUCCCAGGACCGACAGGGGGAUUCAGGCAACAGUGUAUGGCGGAACAAGCAGCAGAAAACUAAAAACGAAAUGAAUGAAUGUGUAGAAAGAGCUCGUAUGAUGCGUAGGGAUUCUGAACGGAAACUUUCUGAACGGGACGACGUUCAAUCUCAUGUUGACCAGUACCAAUCAAGUGACCGAGGCGGCAACCUGAACAAUAACAGUGGCAACAGUCGGAAAGACAACAAUUCCCAGCAACAGCUAAGUUCGGGAAGUCGUGGCCGAGUAGAGAAGCAGCUUCCACCUCGCUUUGCCAAGAUGCAACUUGCCCAGGACAGUAGCCGUUGGAGUAACAAUGGAGCCUCCGGAUCCAGUGGGAAUAAUCGCAGUCGCUCCGACAGUAGCUCUUCUAACACAAACAACAACAGCAACAAUAACAACGCCGCUUCCAAUCAGGACAACAACUGUUCUUUGAUGGGAAGCCAGCAGGAGAGCGUGUGGCAAAUGAACAAGGAGAACAAGCAGCGAAGUCUGCACGACGAGAAGAGCCCAAGCCCGCAGCAGUCGUCACAGCAGCAGCAGCAGCAGCAAUCGGAUUGCCUGUGGCAACAACCCGACAAGCGUGAACCAUCUGCGUGGCAAGAUCAGGGCGGCUUGUUCGAUCCGCCUCCGAGAUUGAAGAACAACAUGCACGCGGGACCCCCGUUGACUUUGACGAACGUAGCGGACAUCGAGCCUAAGCGAAAUCUCACGUCGCUCAAAAAAGACGGCUCAGCGGGUUCUAAGCAGAAGGACGACGAAGGCAUCGAUAAAGGCGCCGACGAGAUGGCUACACGGAUGAGCCAUAAAUCGGUGUCUUCGGAUUCCCUCAAGGGUUCCUCAGGCUCGCAGGCCAGCCGCGGAACCUCGAGCAAGAAACUGCAGGACAACAGCGACGGCGUUGCCUCCAACGACGAGGAACAACGAGGAUUUUCGCCUCGUGGUGAGCCUUCACGAAGAGGUCGAGGAGGCGGUCGUGGUGGUGGCGGAGGGAAUGGCACCGGAAGCGCUGCCCCGAUGCGAGGGUCCGGGAGGCCGUUCGGUGAGAAUAGGGGCGCCCCUGUUGGCCAGAAAGGACCAAGUGGAUAUCCUUCGAAAGAUAUGUCCUCGAGAGGAGGUCGCGGCGGGGGUGGCAGCGGCGCCGGCGGCAGAGGUGGGCCCGCGUCGAGUCGUCACGGCCCGUCUCUGACCCAACUUUCCCCGCAAGAUCGAAACCAGAAAGACGAUACGCCGCCCGCUCGAUUCAAGCGUUACGACGAUCAUGACGAAGACGACGACGACAAGAAAUUCGGAGGACGCUCACAAGGAACAAGAGAUUCGCGAGAUAAACCGCUCGCCGGCGGUAGCGGUAGACAACAGAGGAACGGUGGCCCGAACGAUCGGAAAGACACCCGCAGAGACGAGCGUCGGGAGACUUCCAAGAACGGUCAACAGCCGCAGGACAGCAAGAAGCAGGAGAACAAGUCCGCUCUGACGUCCAAGGACAAGAAAGUGCCGCAGGACUCGAAGAAGUCAGACAACGGCUCCGCGUCCGGCACCUCGCCAGGUUCCGCGACCAGUGUCGGUGGUCUGACCUCUCUGAAGAAAGAUCAACAGCAGCAGCAGCAGGCUCAGCAACUUUCGUCCGUCGGCCAGCAAAGCGCAGGUGGACAGAAGGUUGCCGGCGUGACCUCUAGCUCGACACCCCCUCAGAAGAAGGAAAUCGGAUCGAGUAGCUCGUUGAAGAAGGAAGGCGCCUGGGGAGAUUCUGAGGUUUCGCCGGGUAUCGAGUUCGGCACGCUGGGAGAAAGCGAAGAUCUUAACUUCAAGAUCCAGGCUGUCAAGAAAGUCUGGGAGACCGAUCAGACGACGUCCAGCCAUCCGGCGCAGAGCCAGUCAAGCCAAGCGAGCGGCGUUCCGACGUCCGCGGCUAAUGUGCAACAGAUGUCCCAAGUUGCUCAGCAGAGCGCUGCCCAACAGCAGCAGCAGCAACAGCACUCCGCGGCUCAGAGUCAGCAAGCUCAGAUUUCCUUCUUCCAAACCAUGGAAAAGGAAACCUCUUCGAGUCCGAUGCAAGUAGGACAAUCAGCUGCUCAGGCCGUGACGCAGCAGGAUUUGAGCACUUCCGCGCAGCAUAUGGUGUCGAGUCUGCAACAAGCUUACGCUAAUUCUCAACAGCAGUCGAGCAAACAGGCGCAGCAGCAGCAGCAGCAACAGAAGUACCACACUGCGCCCGCGGCAGCUGUUCAGCGCCACCAUCCGUUGGCGACCGGUUACGGAUCACUCUCGCAGAGCCCCAUCGACCCGAGUCAACACCAUCUGCGCGCUUUCGCCCAGCCUCACGCCGGCGCUGCGCAGAUGUACACCACGUCGUUCCAGAACCCCCCACCUGCACCUGGACACCAACACAUGACGAAUAGUCAGGCACCUGCAGGCACCGGGGCGUCGAACGAUCACCAGUACACCUACUUCCCGCAGGAUAUGUUCCGUUAUCAGCAACAAACCCAGCAGAACCACUUCCGGAACUUUUUCACUACGCAAACCGGACCUUUUGGAGCCACGCAACAAGGAUACCAUCACCAGAUGCCUCAUUACCCACCACCCAACAUGCAACAGACGUUCUCGACCGGAAUUUACGCAGCGGCCGGACACGCUCCCGCCACAGCGGCCGCAACGGCGGCGUCCCGGUACGCCGUCAAGGACGCUCAGCAGCCGCCUUACGAACAGAGCACGCCGCCUCCGUACGCCCACUCUCAGGCACCUCAGCAGGGCGGACAGGCAGCUGUUGUCGCUGCAGCUGCUGCGAACCGUUCGACCGCCGGAACGAUGGGUUCGCUCGGCGGUGUGCCCGCGAAACAGCCGGGCGGAGCCGGAGCCUUCGGCGCCGCUUCCAGCGGACUCUUCGGGUCGAACCAACGGGCUCAGCAGCAGUACGGUCAGCCGAUGAUGAGUCAAAGCGGACAACCUUCCGUCGCUCGUCAGAACCCCAACCCUUCGGCUGGUGGGCAAAGCCAACGGUACGCCGGAAAGUCAUCCGGUUACUCACAUCAUUGA